UUUUAAUGCACACUGGUGUAAAGACACUCUGCAAAUGUUGCUGUUAAAUAGUAAAUUCUCUGCACUCAUUUAGCAUUCAAUAAAAUGCAGUGCUGUACUUAAGCAUACAGUACACAUUGGAUUCAACUAGGCAUCAGAUAUCAAUAAAAGCUUGGAAAGAGCCAAGCAGGUUCAAAAUGUAGGAAGUCCCAUUGCUAGAAAAGUGUUUACCUCUUCUUUAGACAUCUUGUUUUGGCUCCAUUUCUUUUAUUGUCAAUUGUUAUCAGAAGUCCGUUUUCACUUGCUGUUUUUAGAAUGGGAUAUUUUUACAGCAUUACCUUAGUUUGCUGUAGUUUCUCUGUGCUAUUCUUAGCAUUUAGACUGGAAUUCUGGGGAUAUUUAUAGUCUGGUUUCAUCAGCUAGUAGGAAACACAAUCUGGCAUGAGGUUUUGUUUGUAAAACCAACAUAUGUUUUGCAGAUUGUAUACUCGGUAUCGUGUCCAAAUAAGAUCUCUUUCCAUGGAUGUACAUUGCUGAUUCUUUUGCAGCUGCUUUAUCUAAAAGUCAGGCCUGUUCUGGCUGCAGUACACCACUUCAGUCUCUUUUCAGGAAAGUUUCUCUUAAAACUGUCUUUGUUUCCAAACCGGUGAUGGACAUGACAGCAUAGUUUCAAAUGGAUCUGUUGACGUUGGUGAAUAAAGCACACAGUGCUUGGAGGAGGAGUUAGAGGAAGCAGGGAAGAAGAGCUGAAAAGGUUGGUUGUGUAACCCAUGCCAUGGUUGAACAGCUCACUAACAGCACUAUGGAGAGACGGAAUCAGGCCUCCAGCAGUCUUGACUUUACUCUGGGCUGGAGCCCAGACUGCUGGAUGGCACACAUCCAGCUGCCCCAAAUAAGAGUUUUAUAGCCACUGGUAUUGUAAAAUAUUGUGGUUACUCUGCUGUGGUGAGGAUUAAGUGCUGUAGGAGGCUGUUUUGGAGAAAAUGAGUAGGUGAUGCACAAGAAAAGUAGUUGCACUAAUAUCUGCUUCUACCAAUGCUUGACUCCACAUAAGGUUUAUAAAAAGGCUGAGCACUUGUUACAGUGCAGAUGAUAGUAGUGAUUACUGAUAAUCACACAUCUAACGCAAAGUCAGAUGAAUAUGCAUUGGGAUGCUUGCCAGUUGUAACAACUAAAGAGGAGAAUUACAGUAGAAGAAAACAAAAUGCGGGAAGGAAGGAAUAAAUUCUUGUUCUGUGACUUUACAAACUAGCCUGUUGUAUGCUGAGUGUCAGUUAAGAAUCCUUUAAGAUAUUUUGAAUUCCUUCUGGUAGUUAAGUUUUACAUUUUAGUGUUUUAUGUCAGCCCCUAAGCAAGUACGUUUAUUUAUACAGCACUUCAUCCUGCUCAGAGGUUAUUCAGAGUGCUUUACAGGUAAAGGUACAGAAUUAAAACAGGUUAAUGUUAACAAGUUGAAUAAAGUGCACACAACAGAAAAAGACAAAAGAUUAAAAAAAAUAGAAAAAUGUAAAAGACAAAGCAUACAAUGAAAUAGAAAAUAAUGUUCAUAUUGUAAUCAUGUAAUGUGAACUACAAUAUUGGGGCUUGAUUUGUAAUAAACCUUAGACAGCAAAAGUUGUUGAUUCAACGUUGCUUUAUGGUCAGAGUUUAAAAAAUUUGAUUAGGAUUAAAAAUCAAUCAUGGGCCAACCAUUUUAUUGUUAAAAUGUUGAAAAAAGGUGAUUAAAUCAUCAUUAUGCUGUUUAACUGAACUUAAACGUCACUAAUUCAUCAAUGUUGACUCUUAAAGUACAGGACUGGGUGAUACCAUUAAUUGGAGAGGGGUCAAGAAUUGUAAAGUAAGCACUAUAUACGUAUGAAUAAUUAAUUAAAGUUUUAUAUCAGCUUAAAUUGACAUAUAGAGUGCAUUGUACAUGAAGAUGUUUGAACCAUAGACUGUAUAUAAAGGUUUCAACGAGUAUUGUUUAGCCAACAUUGUUUUAAUAUUUAAUUAGCUUAAAUGUAGCUUUUUAAGAUGAUGGUUGAGUCAAUAUUGAUUCAGCGUCAGUUGUGGUUGAAAGUCGGAUGUUUGUGUAACAAUAUUUCGGUGUUUUAAUCUGAUUUAGCUGCGUGUAAAGAGAGAGUGUAAUUAUUUAUUUUUGUACAAGUCACACAUAGGUUCCUGUGCAUUUUAAGUGUCCUGGUUUCGUGUUCAGAGGUGUUCAGGUUGUCUCAGCGCUGAUUAACUGAACUUACUGUAAUUGCAGUGCAGUGGGCGGAGCACCGAGAGUUCAUAACACAACAGUGUCUGACGGCUGCUCCGGUUAUCUGAGCGCUUGUCAAGGCGGCAACAGAUGCGCCGUGCGGGCUGGUUUAGUCCUCUAAGCGGCUGCUAGUCCAAUUAACCCCGAGGAAGGCCCGCGUCCAGGCAGGUCGGCAGUUUUAAACUAACUUACUCCCCUCCGGCGAGACGAUAAAUGUGAGCGGCGCUCCGGCUUACGAUGAUACGACACCCCGCCAUCAGCAGAGGAGUCGGACGUGAAGCAGCUCGGUGUCGGUGUCGGUGAGAUGCUGCUGUAGUUUCCCUUCUGAACCUGUACUGUCGCGAUUUGGGCUCCCUUGGUAAGCCUGGAUAAGCUUCUGGAGAGCCGGGAGCUGUAGGCCUGCGUCGUUUCUUUUUUUCUACCGGAGUUUCCUCGGACUGUUGGGUCGUUAACAUGGAAACACUCACCGAUGUGCUGCUCGUCACAGCAAACGUCGGCUCCCUGUUUGACAAUGUUGGUGAAAUUCAAAAUGAAUGGUUACAAGAACUGUAUAAGACGAUCCACAGCUACAAGCCGCAGUUCAUCGCCCUGCACUUCCAGGAGGUGGGAGGAAAGGAUUACAUGGCCAACAUGGGCCAUGCAGAAAACUUCUUCUGGAGCAUUGAGUCCAGUGAUGAAAUGAAAGACUUUGACAGGGUUUGCAUUUAUGUGGACAACCAGUUCCAAGCAGAGGACAGCUUCACGGCUUUGGGGAGCAUGUACUUCAUCCACAAGGCACUGAAAAAUGUCUAUCAAUAUGACUUCGAAGCUAAGGAUUUUAAAGCGGUGUCGGGGCAGACCAAGUACGUGGGCUCUCUGGACGGGGUCACCACAGUGGAGAAAGAAAAAUUCCCAAAGAAUUUCUGGCCUGAUUUCAAGUGGUCCAGAAAGGGCUUCAUGAGGACCCGCUGGAUCAUACACAACCAAGGUCUAGACCUGGUCAAUGUCCACCUGUUCCACGAUGCCUCCAACCUCAUUGCCUGCAACUCCAGCCCUUCUAUUUACUCAGCUAACCGUAAAAACGCCCUCAGAUAUGUCAUCAACAGAAUAUCAGACAGCCGCUACACUCCUCUGCCUUUUUUCGUGUUUGGAGAUUUCAACUUCCGUCUGGACACGCUAUCUCUGGUCCAGCAUUUAUCCACUGCAACAGAUGUGCAGACAGUGAAGAAGGAUAGCAGCAACGAAGUGGAGAAAAUCAUUUGCGAGGAAAAAGACAACGACCACAAGGUACUGCUCCAAAUUGAGGAGAAGCUGUUUGCCUACCUGCACCAGGCGGUUUUCAGAGAGGACAACGGCAGAGCGCUUUUGAAGUAUGACAAAGAGGUCGCAGCCUUUCAAGAUGUAAUUAAGGAAGAGGACAUUAAGUUUCCACCCAGCUACCCCUACAGUGAAGAGUACGCCAAACCAACGCAGUACAUGAACACUCGCUGUCCUGCGUGGUGUGAUCGCAUCCUCAUGUCACACGCUGCCCAAGACUUCAUCGACAGGAGAGAUGACGGUGAGAAGAGUGUUGUUUACAACACAGUGGGUCCUAAUGUCUGUAUGGGAGACCAUAAGCCUGUUUUCUUGUCCUUCUCGCUGAAGACGAAUGACCAUUGACUCGGAUCCUUCUCCAUGGUCUAUAAACACACCGUCCACAGAGGGUAAUCCAACCAAAGGGCUCGACCCAGCCUGUCCCGUGAACACUCUGUUCUCACAUCACUCGUGUCUCACGUCUGAUCUCUAUACUGCUGUCCACAGCUUUAGCCCCAGGAGCACAGAUUCACUGGUGGCUGUCACUUCUGAGGCAGUAUUCUGAUUUCUCCGCUCGCUCUCAGAUUUGAAGUCCCCUGACCUAAAAGCUCAGAGUCAGUUUGGAUGUUUCAAGCAUUCCUACCUGCUUGAAUGGGACCAAACGAGGGCAGCAGACCCUUUAAAUGAAUGUGUACACGCUUAUGCACAACACUGCUAAAUUCUGACGAGUGAUUUUAGUUGUAGCAUUUUUAAGCAUUUUAUACUGGCUCUGUCAAAAAUGACACAAGCUAUUAUGAUUUUACUCAUUUCUUACAGGCCCUAAAUAAUUUGUUUAAACCUCCGAGUCAGUCAGGCUACUUUAAGUUUAAUAUAUUAUCCUAAAAUUCAAGUGUAAUAAUGUUUAGCUUAGCAUUUAGAAGAACAUUUUUGUUAUUUUGAGCCACAGUGUGGCUAAAAAAUAUUGUCAUGAAAGCUGAAAAUUGUGGGAUUUUUAUCAACUAUUGGACAUAACUUCUACAUGGCUACAUUUAAUUUUGUAUUUUAUGCCCUAAUUAGUUCAGGUGUUUAUUUAUUUCUACCAUGGCAACAUUUUACAGGACACACACAGUAGAGAAAUGCUGCUUUCUCAGUUCUCGGUUGACGUGUUUAGUUUCAUGUCCUCUACAGCAGUUAUGAUGGAUUUUUACCGACACUUGUAAGUACGACUCUUAACUGUGUCAGAUGUUUCAGAAUGGAUUUAUAAUAGCAACAUUAUCUAGAAAUGACACUAGAUAGCCAAAGAGGACAGUAACAUUUUAUAGCAACAACAGAGCCUCUACAGCAGCUUCCAUCUGCUGUGGUAGGAGCUGAAUAAAUUUACUGAAACAACGUGGAUAAUGUUUGACCUUUUUUGUACUUGCAGUUAGAUUAUUGUGUACAUUAUACCAAGUGCUUUAUUCCACAAGCCACCACUCAGCAGUUCUCAUUUUGUCAGUUUUGACUCUCCUCACUCAGACAAAGUUACCUUUGCAGUUUGUCUUUGCUGCCCAGACAUUUCUUCCACCCUGUUUUGGUUGAUAUCAACCUUUUUUCUUUGCCAAAACAAUUACACUGCACUCCUCUUGUGUUUACUUACAGCUGUAGUUAAGGCGUGUGGAUGGCUUCGCUAAAACUUCUAAAAUCCUUUAUUUAUACAGUAAACACUCAUGUGUGCACACACAACACAGAAGGCACUGUUUGCUCUCAGAUUUCUUUGAUUUAUGUCUUAUUUUCUUUUCUUGAUCCAUAGUGUCAUACUGUAGCACCCGUGCAGUAAUAUAUUUGAAUGUUAUCAGUUUUGAUGUUUUGAUCUGGCUUUAACAAUGACUAAAUAAGUGGAUUUAUAACUUGUUUGUUACUUAUUUUAUGUUAAUUUUUCGAGUGUUUUGUGAAACUUGCACGGCCUGAUGGAACAGUAAACUCCCUGUAUUAAUACCAAAAUGCUUUUUCAUGCAACAACUUGCAGGUAUGAAGUUUAGACUGUCAUGUCAUGUUUGUACGCCGUAACAAGGACCAGUGGUGCAAACGUCUGUGUAGCUUGAAACAGUUUGUAAGUUUAAAAAAAAAAAAUGAUAUAGGUUCAUUGUUGUUACAGGAGCCGAGUUGUUGUAAGGUCAGUAUUACCUUUAGAUUAACUCUGGUAAGACACUACAUCGUUGUGCUAUUUCACUUUUGUAAAUAAAAUGUUACCCUCAGAAA